AUGGACUACGACAAUAAGAAACUCGAGGAAGCUAGAAAGCAAACGAUUCGGUGAGUGCGGCGAUGAUUUCUGAUAUCAUAUACAUAUAACUGGUUUCGACCAACACAUACGCAGAUGAAAAACGAACAAUGUUCACUUUUUUUUAGAUGGGAAUCGUGGAAACGCGAGGAGACCGAGGCCCGGCAGCGGGGUCUCGAGUUCAAAAUGUACUGGGAGAAGCGGCAUAAGGAGGAUCGCGAUGCGUGGAGACUCAAGGUACUUCCUGGUCCCUAAAUGGAUCCUUACUAUGAGAAAGAUCUCAACACGAGGGUUCCAAACGUAUUUUUUGAUCUUUCUGCCGCAAAAAAUAGUCUGAAAUCGCGCUUGAGAUGAGUUUUUUUUUUCUCGAUUUUCAGAGAUCGGCACCAAACUUUAAGAAUCCUCACGUUGACAUCUGUCGAGACCAACUUUUUACAAAAAGUUCAUCCCAAUUACUAAAUUUUGGAUUUUUAUUUCUUAUCAUCCAUCCACAUCCACAUUCUCAUCCUAUCCAUUCGUUGUUUGGCGCCGAUCAGGUGGUUACCAUACCACACUCCAUUUUAAGGUUAUCCUAAAAUAUUUAUGAUCAUAUUAUAUCCAUACAUUCUUGCCGCAAAACCACCAACCACAAAUUAACAUGACGUCUUUGUUAGUGUGUGGUAUCCGGCCAAAGAUCCGAACGCAUCAGUUUUUUCAUUCAGUGAAUAAUCUAGAGGAACACAGUUGGUUGACAUUUUAUUAAAGUUAGUUUAGUGGAGCGCAGUUGCAUACCUCGCCACUUUUAGGAUUUCGCCAACGCCGUCGACAAGAUGAGCCGUGCGGGGUACAAGGGAAAGCACGGCAAUUUUGAAGUACCGUCAGAGCGUCUGGAAGAGCUGAACGCUCUGUACAUGCAGGCAACUGUCGGCGACUACGGUAGGACCUCUAAAUCGCUGACAGUACCCCUCAUAGAUUCAUUUUGUUACAGACGGCAACACGGCUCUGAAAUGCAGUCAAUACUGGAAGAAGCACAAUGGGAAGACGCAAAUCGAGGCGAUCCGUGAAUUCAUAAAACUGACCAACACUGUGCUCACCAAGUACGGAUGGAAUCCGCCGGAGGGAUGGGUUUGA